AAGUAGCCUUCAGAUGUCAGUGUAGACGGGGGAGGAGAGAGGGGAGGCAGGGCGGUCGAAGAACAUACUUUUACGCAGUCAAGCUCUGUCCGGCCUAGAGGCUCACCUGUGCGGCGAAAAACAUGAGCCAUCCAAGUGGGAAAGAUGCCUCCGACACAACCGAGAGUAAACCUAAAUCGCCCAUGCUCUCAUACUGCAUCGAAAGCAUACUCGGCCGAAGAAGUCCUCUCAAAGUCAGACUCACAGGAAUGCAAAGUUUACCCAUGCUGGCUGGGAGAGUGGAGCAUAAUGCGUCUUUGGAAGUCUCUCGUAAAGAUGCGGACAUGCACCUGCCCACCAAGUUGCGGCGUCUAUAUGGCCCAGGGGGAAAGUUCAUGGACUCCAGUCGCGGAAUUCGCGAGCUUGAGGAGCAAGAAGACAGGCAGCGUCCUCUAGACAAAGUCUACGAAAAUCUGAAAAUCACUCAGGCGCCACAAGUUAGCAUCAGCCGCAGUAAAUCAUACAGGGAGAACGCGUCCCAAAGUCAGAGCGAGGAAGAACAGAACCUCGGGCGAGGGAAAGAGGAGCAGGGGGAACUAGGCGCCCCAAAGUUCGAGGACACUGGCAAGGAGCGCAUCUGCGAAGACGUAGAAAUGUCCCCAAAGAACGGGGAGAGUUUGCACAUCAAUGGAGAUGUAAAAGACGGAGAGGACAACUUGUGCCUUUCAGCUGGCAGUGACUCAGACGAGGGGAUGCUAAAGCGAAAACAGAGGAGAUACAGGACUACGUUUACAAGUUAUCAGCUUGAGGAGCUGGAGAGAGCUUUCCAAAAGACGCACUACCCUGAUGUGUUCACGAGGGAGGAGUUAGCGAUGCAAUUGAAUCUCACCGAGGCGCGUGUGCAAGUGUGGUUCCAGAACCGCCGAGCUAAGUGGCGGAAAAGAGAGAAAUCUGGGGGUCAGACUCACCCCCCGGGCCACCCCAUCUCUGGACCCCUGGGUGCAGCACACCACCUAAGCCACUACUUGGAGGGAAGUCCUUUCGUGCCCCACUCUCACCCCUCCCUGGAGUGUGCCUGGACAGCUGCUACCACCUCGUUCCAGGGUCUGACCCACCCCUUCACCAGUUCUUCCUCCCCCUUGGGAUUUGGCCCCUUCAUGGGAGCAGCCAUGUUUAGACACCCCACCUUCAUUAACCCCUCCUUUGGAAGACUCUUCUCCAGCAUGGGUCCCCUGACACUCUUACGCCAGCCCAUACCUGCAGUAGAGGCCCCAGUCCAGCCCCCGACGGCCUUGUCAGAGCCCUCCCCCUCCUCGCCUGUGGACCGCCGGGCCUCCAGCAUCGCAGCACUGCGGCUCAAAGCUAAAGAGCAUUCCGCUCAGCUGACACAACUCAACAUCCUACCUUCCAGCACCACUGGGAAGGAGGUGUGUUGAGAGACAUCAAACCCCCUCCAAUUCCCCCUACAUGGAGCAGGAGUCAUCACCAAAGGAAUAGCAGCUUUGAAGUGGUAGGAUAUAGCACAACAAGGCCUCAUCUAAACUCCUCCCCAGUUAGUUGUCCCAAUGUUCUGUUACUCCACACUCUCCACAACAUGCUUUCCUCACGAACUGAAGAAGAGAGAAGAAAUACAAAUAGUGAACUCCCUGCCCUUUGACCCUCAGGAAUGACCCGUUAGCAGCCUCUCACAGGGUGCUACAGGCCACCAAAGGAACAGAUCUAGGCCCUGGAGAGGUUUAAAAGGAGAGCAAUGCAGUAGCUCAUAUAAGCCUAAUGUAUAUUUCAUGUAUUGAUGAUAUGGUGUUUGUUGAUAGAUAGAUUUUCGUAGUCUUUUACUUGGGUAUUAAAGUUUUUAUUUAUGAUCAGUCAUGUAUGAGCCAGAAGCAAGUUUCCAGGAGGAAAAUAGCAUAACAAAAUAAUAAUCACGUUUUCUUUCCUGGUUUAAGAUGAAUCAGUUGACAAAAAACGGUCAAAUCGAAAACGUUGCACCUUUCCUUGCUUUUAACUGUGUUGCAAUGAAAUGAAAAAUGAAAUAAUUCUGAGGACUGAAUUGAGAAGUGUAUUCAACAGCAUGAAACAGUAUUAACAAGCUUGCAGAUGUGUCUCCAAAAAUACUCUUAAUAAUAAUAUAAUAUGCCAUUUCGCAGACGCUUUUAUCCAAAGCGACUUACAGUCAUGCG